AUGCACCUUCUUUCCCACGAAGACCUGCUGCCCAUGGAGCAGGGCAUCACGAUCGCCUCCGACGAGGCCGUGCGGCUGCCGGUGCCAGCGAGGCACAAGCGGUCCAUGUCCGAAACCACGGAGCGCGACGUGCUGUGCGCCUGCGGCGCUCGAAAGAGGAAGGCACGGCAGGCCAGCGGCGGGGGGGAGCAGUGCCGCGGCGGUCACCCAGCCCUGCUGAUGGGCCCGGGCUUCCCGAGGGACUGGAGGCGCAUGAGGAGCCACAACACCGUGGACUUCCCCGCCUGCGGCUUCAGCGCGGACGGCGCCGGCCGGGGGGCGUGUCCGCUGUGGCAGUCCGCGAUGGCCAGCCUAGGAGACAGGGCGGGCUCGUCAAUGGCGGCGAGCAACGACGGCAGCUUCUCAAUUGGGUGUGUGGGCGACGGGGAUGACGGCCUGUCCAUCUCGAGUGUUUCGCACUCCGAGGUGUGCAAGAUUGGCCAGUUGCUGUGGUCGGCAGGGUCGGUGGGGUCCGCGGGGUCAGGCUCUGUUGCUGGGGCUAUCAGGACCCAGGAUGCCCUCGAUGCCAGUAAGUCAGUCCAGGAGCUUGCCAGCUCGACUCUCAGCGCCCAAGAGCCCUGGGUGCCAGGAAUGGACGUGUCUGAGGGGGUAUGCGCUGGCCUGUCUCCUGAGGAAGAAGAAACCGCAGGAGAAUCGGAGGCAGUGCCAAGCCAACUGCUCCGCGCCAGUAGCUGUGAUGUGGAGCAGGGUAAUGGCACUGAAUUGCUGGCAUCUGGAGACCAGGCAGGAAAACUUGCGUGGGAACAAUGGACGACUGGAGAAGGUGCUCCAAGAGCCUGCUCCGAGGGCGUGGCUUCCAUUGAUGGGAGGGUGGGGGGUGUCGAAGCAGAGUCGAGCGUUGGGGAAGGCGGUAGUAGCUGCGAGAUUGAGCACGAUGAGAUUAGCCUGUGGGCAUCGGGCAACGGCCCAGUGAAACUGACUUGGGAAACUUGGAUGUCGCAUGAUGAGGCUUUGGGGAGAUGUUCCAUGAGUUUAUCUUCAAGGAAUGGCAACGAAAGGGGAUCGGUCCAGGGUGUGGGAGAUGGGUUGGACAGUGAUGGAGACGAGAGGAAAAUUAACAGCAUCGAACUCUGGAUGCCCCCGCUGGAGUCUGGCGACGUAGACAAGACAGUUGACCCUGGUGGCAAGGGAGUUCUUCAGAAAGUUGAUAAUGACAGUAGGAAACAACCACAUGCCAUGUUUCAGUUGGGCAAGGCUACUGGGUGUGUGGCUGAAUUUGAUCCAGUGGUUCCCAACUUGCUGCAUGGGCAAGGGGAUGGGGGGCAAGUCGAAGUGCUCAGCACGAGGGAAGAUCCCAAGCCCUUCAUGGUCUCAAUUCUUUCUGCUGGUGUGUGUGACGAGGAGGAGGCUGGCUUGGAACCUUUGCAGAAUGUUGACGUUGGGAAUGACAGAGUGACAGCUGGAACCGCGUUAGGCAGGGAUGGAGGUUCUGUGAAUGGUGGCAGCGUUGAUGGCCACGCUGUCUCAGUGAAGGUGCCGACAUUGGGGAAGGAGGCGUCAGGGCACAGGGGUGGGGGUGGCAUCGCAGGUCGCACCGUUGCUGUGAGGGGAAUGCUGUUUGAAGAGCAGGGAAGUGGGCCAGAACAGUGGGGCUUGGACAAUGCGGCGGUCGCAGAGCCCACAUUACUUACAAGAGGUCGACAGGCUCACCAGGCAGAAUGGCAGCCUGCUCGGGACUUCAAGGAUGGCGGCGAAGACUCUCCAAGCAGCCUUGCAGAGCAAUGCCAGAUGGAACAGUUUGGCAACGCCAGAAGUCGUGGCCUGAUGGGCUUUGUGUGGCAAGGCAUAGAGAGCAGGCCUGACUGGGGAGCAGAGGAAGAUGAGGUGCUGACUGCCAGGGACUUGGUGACUUGCGACUCAGUCACAGCAGAGUUGAGGGGCACGAGGUCUGAAGGGCGACAGAACCAGUGGGAGAGCAUAAACCUGUCAGGCCCCACGUUCUACUGCGAUUCAGAUAACAUCGAGUCCAAGGGGUCGUCAGCAGAUGGCAUGGAAGGCCAGAUGGUACGCUAUCGGGGUGGUUUUGUGUCGUCACCUUUCUUAGCUAGCAACUGCAGGGAGGACAGUGGCGACUAUGGGGUGAGCGACGAGAGCGACGAGUUCCACACGCCCAAGUCGUACCAGUCUGACAGUUUCCCCCCAGGGGGUGGGGCACCGCCCGAUCGUGCAGAACCUUUUGUGGAGUCCACUUCCUGGGAGCAGCUGCAGGAGGCUACGAUUGUGUCCAAGGCUAUGAAGAGGGUGCUGAGCAUGAACCUGGGGGAAGGGACAGAGGUCGAGGACGACUGCCCCAAGCCCCAGGCACAAUCCACAGGGAGCACUCUUGCUCCCAGUGAUGUGGACCCGCAUCAUCGCCGGAGCUCCACCGGAAGCUCCUUCGAGGAGGGGAUGGAUGAGGCAAUUAUGCUAUCAGGGGGCACAGUGAAGGGGUUGAGUUCAGACAGCGACCAAGAUGGGGAGCAAGACGCUCCGAUGUGGAAUGUUGGAUCCAGAGGUCUGGCUACAUUGGACGCUGGAACCCCAAAGUGGAGGGAGACUGGCGAUCUGGAGGUGGUGCCGAUAUCCGACUUCUUGGGCGUUCGUGGGGGGUUUGCCAGCCGCCGGGGUGACCCAUUGGAGAGCCUGCUGGACUGCCCAUCCGUGGUGGGGCACAAGCGCCUGCAGACUGUCCUGGAAGAGUCUACGACGUCUGAGGACAUGCUGAGUGACGACAACAGUGACCCUGGUCCGACGCAGGGCGGAGAGCAGGGCGAGGGGUGGGUGUUCGAUCGGGCAGGGCAGACACUGACUGGAUCGCAGGAUGAGUGGGAGGGCGAGUUGUCUCUGACCGGGCCGCAGGAUUCUGGCAUCGUGGCUGGAGGGAUGUUCUCCCCUGACUUCAGGCGCAGUGGACUGCAGAGGUCAAAGAGUGACUUUGUCACUGGCGGAUCCCAGUCUGCCCUGGGGGGCGAACCUGAUGGGCUGCUUGCGCUGACUGAGGAAGACAGGUGCAAGAGUGCCCCCUGCGACUUGAGUGGCGUUUUUGACGGCUUCUCUGGCAACGAUUCGGAGGUGUCUGAAUUCUUCGGGCGACCAGCGUCUGCCAUGGAUGGUGUCACCGAGCCCAUCGACCGCCCCGAUUCGAGAAUGAGCGACCCUGGCUUAGGAUCUGCGAGUCGGCAUAAACGUCGAAGGUCCCGGGGCGCGUCGAGCCCCAAUCUGCUGCGCUGGCUCAGGACGAAGCUGAAUUUCAAGACGUCGGUGGAUGUAUCGUCUGAUGGCACGCCCAUUGGCAGCUUCUCUGAGAGGCUGUCCAGCUUUGGUCGCAGGUCGGGCAGCUUCCGGACAGCCUCGGCCAAAGACUCUGAAGCUAUCUCCAGCAUCAGCCUUUCAGACAUGGUGGCUGCCCUGAACACACCACCUGCCGAUGGCGAAGAGGUGUACAACGUCAUACUCAACACGGACAUCUACGACCCGAUCGAGUAUGGACCAGAGGGGCCGAAGCAGCUGUACUCGUUGAUGAGGCCCAAGCUGCGGAGUUUGAAGGUGGAUGUGGACAAAUGGGAUGCCAUGUCCUGCCAGCCUGUGCCUGUCAUCGAGUUCUACGAUUCAAUCGUCCAGGAGGCAGAAGAUCUGGGUAUAGACUUGUUCAACAUAAUGGAGGAAGUUGCAGGGAAGAAUAACUCACUGAUGCUGAGCAUCAAGGAGUGCCUGGGCAGAGCGCCAUAUCGGGGCUGCAGCUCAAGCUCAUGCAGUGAGCUUGCCAAGCCAUAUGAUAGGGAGUUGGGGCAAUGGAGGGUCGAGGUGGACAGUGGCAUGGAGGGGCCCGACGAUCUGUCAGGACAAAAGGCGAAGCAUUCCAUGGACGUUUUGGACGUGCUCUCAGAGUGCGGCAUCAACGCCAUGUUCUUUGACAGGUGCUGA